ACACGAUAACCCUUUCUCUCCCAAUAAUUUUCACCGAAGUGAACAAAGAAAAAACCUCUCUUCUUUACCCACUCUUCCCAAAACCUCACUCUCUCUUUCCAAUGGCUUCCAUCCCCACACUUUCUCCAUCCUUACCCAAACUCUUCCCUCACUCCACACCUCAUUCCAACUCCAACCACUGCACUCUUCCUCCAACCUCUCUCUUCGGCACCAGGAUCACCCUCCAACGCGCCACCUCAUCAUCAUGUUCCCUCCCCAAUACCAAUUGCCGUGCCACGUCAGCAACGGUGUCGUUUAGCCUCCCCUCCCCGAAACCCCUUUCUGACGCGCCAGAGAAAACCCCAAAGUGGUCGGCGAGGGCUAUAAAAUCGUAUGCAAUGGCAGAAUUGGAGGCGAGGAAGAUCAAGUUUCCCAACACGGGAACCGAGGCUAUUCUGAUGGGGAUUUUGGUUGAAGGAACAAGUAGAGCUGCUAAAUUCUUAAGAGCUAAUGGAAUUACACUUUUCAAAGUACGUGAAGAAACUUUAAAUCUACUUGGCAAAUCUGACUUGUAUUAUUUCAGCCCUGAACAUCCUCCUCUGACUGAACCAGCCCAGUUAGCCCUUGAAUGGGCUAUUCAGGAGAAACUGAAAUCAGGUGAAGGAGGAGAAAUAAACGUGACACAUAUGCUUCUAGGAAUUUGGUCACAAAAAGAAUCAGCAGGUCAAAUAAUUUUGGCUUCUCUGGGUUUCGAUGAUGAAAAAGCCAAAGAACUUUCCAAAACAAUUGAUGGAGAUGUUGAUUUGAGUUUCAAAAGGCAAACAUAAAAAAUUUCUUGUUCUAAUGGUUGUUUCCAAACACUGUGUUGUACUCCAUUUUGGAGAUGAUGCAUUUCUUAUUCUUUUUUAAUUCAUACAAGUUUUGUUGAGGUCAAUUUUUAAGCAGUGUGUGAUGGUGGAAAGGCAAUCACACACUGUAUCAUCUCUGCCUCGUAACUUUUCACCCUUUUUGACUUCACAUUGUAUCUCUGUACAAUUUUCCUAACAGCGUUCGUUAUGAAAUUAAACUUGUAAUGAACCCUCGAAGUAUCUUA